AUGAGCAAACAGAUCAUAUGGAUUAUGGAUGUAACAGUGCAAGACAGUGAUAACCCUGAUUUACGUGACAGAGGCUACAUAUACUGGAGAUUACUCUCUACUGACCCAGCCACUGCUAAAGAAGUUGUACUUGCUGAGAAACCUCUGAUCUCAGAGGAGACAGAUCUGAUUGAGCCGACCCUGCUUGACGAACUGAUCUUCCACAUCUCGAGCCUAGCAUCGGUCUAUCAUAAACCACCCAAUGCAUUCGUGGAAGGACGGGGUGGACAGAGAAGAGUACUGCCAGUUAAAUCUCAAGGAGAAGGAACAACAGAGGAAACAACAGCACAUGUUGAGACCACUCAGCAACCACCACAGCCAACAGUUAUACCUGGAGCUGACUCUCCCAUUGGUUACCUUGUUGAUAUAGAUCUCGGACCGGGUCCGUCAAUGAUGCAACAGCAGAUGUAUCCACAGCAACCAGCAGCGCCAGUACCUGCGGGUGGAGCUGGUGGUGGUAUGGAUAUAUUUGGAGAUGGGUUGGAUAAUCUACUUGGAGGUGGACCAUCAGGAGGAGACAUGUUAGGUGGCUUUGGAGAUAUAUUUGGAAUGCCUCAGUCACAAUCAUACGUUCCACCACAGGAAGUCUGUCUCUCGGCUCCAAAAGGAAAGGGACUUGAGAUCACAGGAACCUUUGCACGAAAAAAUAACCAAAUUAAUAUGGAAGUUACUUUUACAAACAAAGCAAUGCAGCCUUUGACUGGAUUUGCAAUUCAGUUUAACAAAAACAGUUUUGGGCUGAUGCCAGCACAAGUUUUAAAAUAUUCGCACACCUCUACCACCCAACCAGAGUGCUAGUACAUCAUUACCAUUGAAUACUCAAGGACCUGUACAGAAAAUGGAGCCACUUA